AUGAGGGAUGCUUCAGAAGAAGGCAGUACAUCCUCAGAAAUAGAAAGAAUAGCCAGCACAGAAGAGAUCAAAACAUCAAGGAUGCCUAGUUGUAGCUCUAUUGGAGUUUUAUUGUCAGUCUUCUUGUUUGCAAUAGAAGCUACAACCGCAUGCUUUACCGAGACAUUCAACGUCGUGGAUUAUGGCGCAGACGCGAAUGCCAAAACUGGAAGUACUGCGGCAUUUCAACAUGCGUGGAAAGAAGCUUGUGCAUCAAAGGAGCAAAGUGAGGUUCUUGUUCCCAAGGGAAAAUUUCUUGUAGGUCCCUUGAAGUUCAAAGGACCAUGCAAUGCAAGCAUUUCCUUCAAGAUAGAGGGUACAAUGGUGGCCGCCGCAGAUCUUACUCUCUACAAAACAACAGAAUGGAUUGCGUUUCAUUAUGUCGAUGGAUUGAGGAUCAGAGGAGGAGGAACUUUUGAUGGGCAGGGUGCGUUGGCUUGGCCGAAAAAUAACUGUGACAGGGAUAGACACUGCAAGCGUCUUCCAACGUCUAUAAACCUCAGCUUUGUGAAAAACGGAACAGUUGAACAUAUUUCAUCACUAAACAGCAAAUCCUUCCACAUGCAUCUCUUCAGGUGUGACAACAUGAAGCUUCACUCUCUCAGCAUCUCGGCCCCUGAUGAGAGUCCCAACACCGACGGUAUUCACCUCGGUGACACAAAUAACACUGUGAUCACCAACUCAACAAUCGGCACAGGUGAUGAUUGCAUUUCUAUAGGACCGGGAAGCAGAAACAUUUCGAUAUCCAAAGUAUUAUGUGGUCCUGGGCAUGGAAUCAGUGUCGGGAGCCUCGGAGGUAGCAAGAAGGACAGGGAUGUUUUCGGUUUAAGCAUCAGAAACUGUACUCUUAGCGACACUCAAAAUGGAGUCAGGAUCAAGACAUGGCCAGAUUCACCGACGUCUAUCUCUGCCUCCAACUUCACGUUCGACGAUAUAGUGAUGAAGAACGUAAAGAACCCUGUUGUCAUAGAUCAAAAAUAUUGCCCGCAUAAUCACUGCAGUCGAAAUACUCAUUCUAAGGUUAAGAUUAGCGACAUAAAGUUUAAGAAUAUCAGAGGGGAGUCAAGGACGCCCGUGGGAGUUGAUUUGUUCUGUAGUGCAGCAGAGCCUUGUAAAGGGAUUGAACUCAAUAAUAUCGAUCUCAAGUAUAUCGAUGAAGAGAAAGAGGUAACUGCGAUGGUUAACAUUACCAAUGCUAAGGCACUUCUGUUGGCUUUGUGA